AUGCAUCAAUCUUUGUCUCCUCCUUCGCUUUGUUUGCAUUGGGUUCCACCUCCAGUUCAUUCUGUUAAAUUGAAUUGUGAUGCUAGUUAUUUUGCUCCUUUUGGCUAUGCUGGUUUUGGUUGUAUCAUUCGCAAUUCUGAUGGAUGUUGGUUGAAAGGUUGCACUGGAAAAGUCGAAGUGUGCAGUGUUCUUUUUGCUAAAUUGUAUGCAAUUUGGAGAGGUUUACUUCUUGCUUGGGAUAGUGGAUUUCGUGAGGUUAUUUGUGAAACAAACUGUUUAGAAGCUCUUUUCUUGGUAAACCAACGAAUGCUUGAUUGUAUGGCUAAAGCAGCUGUUUCUGGUGCCGACAUUCACUCGUAUUGGAGUCAACCAUGGAGUGAGCUUUAA